UAGGGCGGAUGUUGUUGUUUUGCUCCGGAUUUCUGUACCGUCUCAAUGAUCGUUUCUCAGCGAGGCCGUACGAUACACGUUAUCGCUAAUAUUUGCGUAACGUGCGUGAAACGCGUUUUUUCUCGGCGCUUCUCUCGGGAAGCAUAGAGGCCGAGGCUGGAGGCGAUGAUGGAGGACUUUGAUGAGAUAUACGAGGAGGAGGAAGAGGAAGACGAGGACAGGGCCGCGGAGGAGCAGCUGCUCAAGUACGCUCCGGACCCGGUGGUCGUUCGCGGAUCCGGACACGUCACUGUGUUUGGACUGAGCAAUAAAUUUGAGUCCGAUAUUCCCUCAGCUCUUACAGGAAAGGUUGCACCAGAGGAAUUCAAAGCCAGCAUAAACCGCGUGAACAGCUGUCUGAGGAAAGCUCUUCCUGUGAAUGUGCGCUGGCUGUUGUGUGGCUGUCUAUGCUGUUGCUGUACUCUGGGCUUUAGUCUGUGGCCGGUCAUCUGUCUUAGCAAAAGGACACGAAGAUCCUUAGAGAAGUUAUUGGAUUGGGAAAACAGCAGAUUGUAUCACAAGCUGUCUUUGCAUUGGAGACUCAGCAAACGGAAGUGUGAUACCAACAACAUGAUGGAAUAUGUCAUUCUAAUAGAGUUUCUACCCAAGAUUCCCAUCUUCAGGCCGGAUUAGCAGUGGCAGAACUGAACUUAAGCCUCCUGCGCAGUCUUCCCGAGGUGCCUUUCUCCGGUACUGUCAUGGUUGCCUCAUUCCCUUUCCCUCCACACAGACUCGGUUCAAAUACGAGCGCCACUUACCGCACUCCUCACAGAGAAAAGCACUGUUUACAACCCACACACGCACAGGCUGGGGCGCAACGUCUGUGCCGUUCUGGUUAUGCGCAGAGGGAUAUUUUCUGUCACGUUACACAGAGUCUACAAGGAGGCCGCGAUAAAACAUCCAAAGCUCUAAACUGAAACGUCUACUCACCUUUUGACACAUCACACACAAUCUACACACAAUUGGAUUCCUGUUGCUGACUACCACCUGAAUCACUGUGGAAUGGACCAGGGUGAUCCAUGAGGAACAAAUUAUAGAAACGGUCCCCGCACAAUACUUAGUUCUUUAUGUCUACCUUUCACAUAUUAUCAACCUUAAAAAAAGACAAUCAAAUACUGACUGUGCCACGCACCGACUAGACUCUUACAGACUUUUUUGGGUCUAGUUAAAGUCAAGGGCCUGAUGGGCUCCAGGUGCACCUAUGGGGUAGUGACGCAGCACAGAAUACAUUUGUUUUUGCUGUUCUCUUUUUUUUUUUUAAAUAUUUUUAGCUAUGUUUACUUGCUCUGUUUAAAAAGAUAAACAGCAAAUGUUUGUCUCGAUUUGUGUGUAUGGGUGAUUGUUUUUGUCUGGCUACAAGAAAUAUCUUCGUAUUCUCUCUUGAUAGACAAAUCAAGCAAUUUGUUAGUGUGAUCAGAUUGAAAAUAUUAAAAUAUGCAUUAUAUUUUCAGUUAUUAUUGACAGUCACACAAAAAUCACUUCUCCAGCAUAAUUUGUUAAACCCACUUAGGUUGGAGCUUGGUUAAUGCAAAAUGGAUCAUAAAUAAAUGGUUUCGAUUUAA